CGUAAUUGAAAAUCAGCGGGUAAUUUUCACGUGUUAAAUUUUGUUUUCCUUAAAAAGUAGUAUCAUACUAUAAAUGUUUUGAGAUAAGAUCAGAUUGGAGAAUGGUUGUAGUGAAGUAUUACAGAGAAUCACCAUGUACAGGACGUUUCUACCAUGUGGCUCAAACAAAAAUACAAAACAUCUUGAGAGAAAAUCUAAAGGACUUAAAAAUGGAGCAGUGUUUCUAUGUGGAUAUUGACGAAGAUGAUGGUUUGGAAUUUGAAGAAGAAAGUAAACUAAUGUGGAUUUUAGAGACACCAUUUCAAAAGACGUCACUUUCAAGGAAGCCAUAUCUUAAAACAGAAGAUUCAACCAAAUGUUUACUUGUAGAGAUUGGUCCAAGAUUGAAUUUCUCGACCCCUUUCUCAACAAAUGCUGUUUCAAUGUGUAAGUCAGCUGGUUUAAAGAUGGUAACUAGAUUAGAAUACUCCACACGCUACCUUCUUCAGUUUGAAUCAACCUUUGACCUGAAUGCUGAUUCUGAGAGUGCUAUUGUAAACACAUUACACGAUAGAAUGACAGAAUGCAGAUACAGCAGUCCUGUAGAUGGCUUUAAUUUAGAACACAAAACAGAGGACAUCUAUGAAGUUGAUGUGAUGAAGGAGGGAAGAGAAGCUUUAGAAAAAGCUAAUAUAGAAAUGGGUUUAGCCUUUGAUAACUGGGAUCUAGAUUACUAUACCAAGCUGUUUAAAGAAACUAUCCAAAGAAAUCCUACAAAUGUGGAAUGUUUUGAUCUGGCUCAGUCAAACAGUGAGCACAGUCGACAUUGGUUUUUCCGAGGACGAUUGGUGGUAGACAAUGAGGAGGUUCCAACAUCGUUAUUUAAAAUGAUAAUGUCAACACAAGAGAACUCAAAUAAAAAUAAUGUCAUCCAAUUUUCAGACAACAGCAGUGCUAUAAAAGGAUUUGAUGUUAAAGUUAUACAGCCUGUUAAUACAACAGAAGUCAGUAAAAUGGAGGAGAUUGAUGCUGGGAGACAUAUUAUAUUUACUGCUGAAACUCACAACUUUCCCACAGGUGUGGCCCCAUUUCCUGGAGCAACAACAGGUACUGGGGGUAGGAUCAGGGAUGUACAAGCCACAGGUCGUGGAGCACAUGUUGUGGCUGGCACUGCAGGUUAUAGCUUUGGUAAUCUACAUAUACCAGGUUAUUCAUUACCUUGGGAAGACCCAUCCAGUAUCUAUCCAUCAAACUUUGCCUCACCAUUAGAUAUAGCUAUAGAGGCUAGUAAUGGGGCAUCAGAUUAUGGAAACAAGUUUGGGGAACCAGUUCUGGCUGGUUUUGCAAGGUCAUUUGGUUUGACAUUGGCAGAUGGUGAAAGAAGGGAGUACAUCAAACCUAUUAUGUUUAGUGGAGGAAUAGGACAGUUAGAAGGAUGUCAUGUGACAAAGGCUGUACCACAGAAAGGUAUGGAAGUAGUGAAGUUAGGGGGACCAAUCUACAGGAUAGGAGUUGGUGGGGGAGCGGCAUCAUCAGUACAAGUGCAAGGGGACAACAAGGAGGAAUUAGAUUUUGGGGCCGUCCAAAGGGGUGACUCAGAAAUGGAACAGAAAUUGAAUCGUUUGAUUAGAGCCUGUAUAGAGAUGAGACAGAAGAACCCUAUAGCUAGCAUACACGAUCAGGGAGCAGGAGGGAACGGUAAUGUUCUGAAAGAGAUCGUAGAGCCAGCUGGUGCCAUUAUUAAAGCUUCCCAAUUCCAGUUAGGUGAUCCCACAAUAAGUUUGUUAGAAUUAUGGGGUGCUGAAUAUCAGGAGAGUAAUGCUAUCCUUGUCAGACCUGAAGAUAAGGAAGUACUUAAAAAGAUUGGUGAACGGGAGAGAUGUCCUGUAUCUUUUGUGGGCAAGAUAACUGGUGAUGGCAAGAUAAAAGUGGAAAAUUUUCAUCAGUUAGAAGGAGAUGGCAGCCCCGCAAAAAAAAGGACAAAACAGAACUUUCCUUUUCCUGUAGACCUAGAAUUGGAACAUGUGUUAGGGUCCAUGCCUAGAAAGGAAUUUAUAUUAGAAAGAUGUAAACCUGAUUUAAAGCCAUUGACUUUGGAGAUGAAUCUGACCUUAAAAGAUGCCCUUGAUAGAGUAUUACGUUUACCUUCAGUGGCCAGUAAGCGUUACCUAACAAAC